CGGAACGUGUGUAAACAACUCCGAGAGGCGCAACAAAACCACGCAGCUCCGUGAAAUCGCAAACAUUCCGCUUCCCGGACGACUUUAUACCCCUUUCGCUUCCGGCCAGAACCGGAGAACGAUCUGCAAACAGCACAGAAACCUGCGUCCGAGAUCCGGAAAUCAUCGGCUGGAAGGAAGAACCGUGCUGGAGUGAACCAGAAGUGUUUGUUGUGAUUUUCCCUCGAUACCGCCCAGAGUUUCCGCGGUUUCCUUCGCGCCAAACAUCGACCGGCGCGGAAAAUGUCUACCCCGAUGAAAUUUCCCGGUACCGGAUUGGAGGAAGUGAACGUGCCGGGACAAGCGUUCCUGCGUGAUGCGUUGUCCUGCUGUGAUGAUCCGUUGAAAGCGAUCGAAAACUUCCAGCUGGAGAAUGGCAUUUUGCUGCCUUCCUUGCGUCCCAUGCUGCCCCUGCUGGAUCUGCACGGUGUGAGACGCUUGGACUUCCACACGUCCGUGCUGGAAGAGCUGCGGGACAAGCUGCUUGCUCACAUCAACGAGCUGGGUGCCAAGGAGGGCCGAGAGCGAGACCGGAAGCUGAAGGAACUGCUGGUGAAGAGUUUCCCGGUGGUGCGCGUCAAGCAGCUGCGUCCGGUGGUCAUGUGCAUCCUUCGCAAUACACCGCACAUCGAUGACAAGUACCUACGGAUCUUGGUGCGUGACCGCGAAUUGUACCAGGACACGGACACGGAGGUGAAGAGGCAGAUUUGGCGCGACAAUCAGUCGCUGUUUGGUGAUGAGGUGUCGCCCCUGUUGUCGCAGUACAUCCGGGAGAAAGAGCACAUCCUGUUUGAUCAUCUGAACCUGACGAAUCUGUUCUUCACCCCAACUCCGAAGGUUCGAAGGCAAGGGGAGGUGGUUCAAAAACUUGCAACAAUGAUCGGCAACAGCGUCAAACUGUACGAUAUGGUGCUGCAGUUCUUGCGUACCCUGUUCCUGCGAACGCGCAAUGUGCACUACUGUACGCUUCGUGCGGAGCUGUUAAUGGCACUGCACGAUCUCGAGGUGCAGGACAUUAUAUCGGUGGAUCCGUGCCACAAGUUUACCUGGUGUCUGGAUGCCUGCAUCCGUGAGAAGAACGUGGACAUAAAACGUUCGCGCGAGCUGCAAGGUUUCCUUGACAACAUCAAACGAGGCCAAGAGCAGGUACUGGGUGAUCUCUCGAUGACGCUGUGCGAUCCGUAUGCAAUCAAUUUUCUGGCCACAUCGGCCAUCAAAAUCCUGCAGCAUCUGAUCAACAACGAAGGUCUCUCGCGUGAGAACACGAUCUUGAUUUUGCUGUUGCGCAUGCUGGCACUCGGCCUCUCGGCCUGGAUCAUGAUCGAUUCACAGGAUUUCAAGGAACCGAAGCUGGACAGCCAGGUGGUGACCAAGUUUUUGCCCGCGCUCAUGUCCCUCAUGGUAGACGAUCAGGUGCGUAACCUACACUCGAAGUUACCACCGGAUGAGCGUGAGAGUGCCAUCACCACGAUCGAACACUCGGGACCGGCACCCGAUGCGGUUGAAGCGUACAUCCAGGAGAGUGCCGUUGCUUCGAUUCUCGCCAUGUACUACACGCUACACACGGCGAGACAGAAGGACCGGGUCGGUAUACUGCGUGUGAUGGCCAUUUUGUCCUCCUGCAAAGACGAUCGUGCAUACGAAGAUCCGUUCUUGCACUCGCUGAUCGCCCUGAUCAUUCCGAUGUCCGAGGAGUUCGCCAAUGAAGACUUCUGUACCGGGUUGUUUGAUGAGUUUCUGUUCGCCGGCCUAACACGGGACAACGUGACGCGCCAUAUGCUGAAGCUGCUGUGGUAUAUUCACCAAAAGCUACCCAACGCUCGUUUGAUGACGCUCAUGAAGGCGCUACAACCGACCGCUUCGCAUCACGAGAGUGUCCACAAGUUGUAUGAGAGUCUUCAGAAGCGCGUCGGUUCGCUGCAACCCGAACCGGCACCAGAACCGAUGGAAACGGACUUUGAUUCUCCCCUCAAGAGCGUACCGACUCCGGGGCCACACUACGUCAGCUAAUUCGUAAAUUUAAUUCCUCUUCAUUUAAGAAUACACUUUAGAGAGUAGAGAAUGAUAAAGUUGUUCCAACAGGCGCAGGCUUCUAGAUGCCCAUGCCCACUCGACGAAUGCGAUGUGAAGGUGAACCCGGAGUUUUAAUAGAAAUAAAUAACCACAUAAGUUUGC